AUGAGAGCCUUCGAGAUCUCCCUCCAUCUGUUGGCGGCCGUUGUGGCAAGUGGCUCAGGUGCGGCCGUCCACCCCCACCCCCCCCCUAGCUACCACCCAACCACUUACAAGCCCCACUACACUCCAGGAUACAACGCCCACCCCCACCCUUACUCCCCCGCGCCCACUUACAAGCCCACGCCCACUUACAAGCCCACGCCCACCUACAAGCCCACGCCCACCUACAAGCCCCUCUACACCCGCCCGCCCGCUUACAAACCCAAGCCAACACACAGGCCAAGCUACACCCCCAAGCCGGCCUACACUCCAGAACCGGCCUACGCUUAUCCUAAGCCACAUUACGAACCAGAACCCGACUACAAGCCUGAGGAACCGUUUUACAAGCCAGUCUACAAGGUUGCGAAGCCGAAGACUCUGCAUAAGCCAGCGUACAAGCAGGAACCUGAGUACCAUGAUGGACCCUCCGAGUACGACUUCGGCUACGGCGUCACGGACGACUACCACGGCACCAACUUCGGUCACUCGGAGAAGCGCGACGGCUACCGCACCGAAGGCCAGUACUUCGUGGACCUGCCCGACGGACGCAGGAUGAUCGUCAACUAUUACUCCGACGAAACAGGCUACCACCCGACCAUCACUUACGAAGGAACACCGACCUACCCCGAACCCAAGCCUGUUUACAAGCCCGAGCCCUUGUAUACAGCUAAGCCUGUAUAUAAGCCUGAACCUUCGUACACAGCUAAGCCUGUAUAUAAGCCCGAGCCCUUGUACACAGCUAAGCCUGUAUAUAAGCCCGAGCCCUUGUAUACAGCUAAGCCUGUAUAUAAGCCCGAGCCCUUGUACACAGCUAAGCCUGUUUAUAAGCCUGAACCUUCGUACAAGCCUGUCUAUAAACCUGCCUAUGGACCGACUUACAAACCUGCUACUCCUGUGUAUAAUCCUUCACAUCGCCAUGGGUCUCUUAGGUUCUAAGAAAGUCAUCUGUUAUUUGGAUUUUUAAAAAUUUAAUAAGCAGAUUUAUCAGAAUUAAUCAAUAGGUAAUCGAAUGGGAGUCGAAUUUAUCUCAGUGAUUACAUUUCGAAAGA